GUGACUAUGACAAAUUCAAAGCAUUAAACUGAUUUUCGUGUGUUUGUCACACGACGAAACAAGAAAAUUCUCGAAGUGAAGGAUGUCUGGAGAAGUUGGACCGAAGUUUACAUUUCAGUACUUAGAUGGGAGAAAAUUCCCAUCCCUUGAAAGCAAGGAGAAUAAGGAACUCUUCAUGAAAUGGUCAAUGAAAGGAAGACUUUGUAUCCAAAUGUUCAGUUUUGAUCAACAAUUUCAAUCAUAUCAAAAGGAUGAUUUUGCCAAGGAUUUUUUAAAGGAUCCCAGUGUAAUUUCAAAUUUACGCAUGAUAACAGGGGACAAGUGGACAGUUGUUGGUCAUCCAGCCACAAACGUGACUGCUGAAGUUGUGCCUUGUUCUGUCCUUUCCAUGACAUAUUUUGACAGACUUGCUGAAAAAAAUGUAGUAAGAGAGUCUGGACACAUCAGCAAAUGUUUUGAUGAGUUUUGUGGAGAGUUCCAAAUCUCAGAUGAACUAAGAAAAAUGCUGCUGAUUGAUGAUUCUGAUAAUUAUUGUUUGUACAGUGACUCAGAGAGAGAUGAAUUUUUAUUCCGAAUAUUUUUCCACGUUUGCCUGGGUGGAAGAUUUAACCAGUACGAAGACCAAUUACAACCUUACUUAGAUGUGACAAAACAGAUUUACAAGGAUUUAAUUAGUGUUCAGAAGAAUCCAGACACUAAAGAACUCGGUAUUAUCUCCUGUGUGUACAAACUUACUGCAAAAGAUGGUGAUGAUCUCUAUUAUCCAGCAAGGACGGAACACGAAAACACCUUUUCAUAUCUUGUGGUUGACCCUAUGAAAAGGACAGCAAUCGUAUUUUAUCACAACUUUGGUGCAAGCGAAUUUGAGUGAUAAUUUUUUUUUUUUGGUAAAUGACGUAUAAUUAUUGCAACAAUUGCCUAGAAUUGAACCAAACUUUAAGCAUUUCUCCAUUGAGGAAUGUGUAAAGAGAGAGAUAACAGAAAAUGUGUUCAAGUUUGCAGAAAAAGACCAUGUUAAAGCUUCUGAUACACACAUGCAUUGUAGACAAUUUUCAAAUUUAAUGCAUCUUUUGUUUCUUUUUUUAAUGGAAGAUGCUAUGCUUCAGAUUCUUCCUACUAACUGCAAAAGAGAAAGUCUAACAAAGAUCUGUCAAAUAUUUAUUAUGAUAAAUAAUUAAAUACUAAAA